AUGGUAUUCAACGCAAAUGAGGAUGAGGAAGCGGAUGUAACAGUAGUGGAAUGGAGAGAAGGGCAAGCAGGACGUUCAUCAAAAAGGAAGAAAAGAGAGGAAGAGUCGCCGCAAGCAGCUGAUAAGAGGCCGAUCAAGAGAUUAGCGGGAGAUACGACCCAUAUAAUGCUUGAAAAAGUGUUGAAGGCGUCAAAAAGAUUGAAUGAGCUGGUGAAUAAAAGCACAAACACGAAAACGGAAAUCAAGGAGGCUAUCACCGCCCUUAGGUACAACAUAGAUAGACUGGCUACAGACAUAAAUAAAAGGAAGGAUGAGGAAAAAUCGAAAAACAAGGACCAGGGAACACAAGUAGGAGAUAGAAAGCCGGAAACGAGGGAAAUCGGAAUUCAGGUCAAUAAUAUGGCAAUGGACAUUGAAAAGGAAAUAGGUAAUAACCAAAACUUCGAAGAUGUUGAUGCAUUAUUAAACCAUGAUUGGCCGGAGGAUGUGUACGUACGUACAAAAGAGGUUGUCGACUACCCAAUCAAACGGGAUAAAGAUAAGGAUCUGGUAUUACUAGUUGAUCCAGGAGGGGGAGAAAAAGGUCUAGGAAAAAUAAUUAUUGAGAGAUGUCCAGAGGCCUGGGACCUAAUUAACCCGGACCAAGAGGAAGUUAAGUACCUAAAUAAUAUAACGAAGACUAUUACAAGCGAUGGAGUGUCUGAAGAGAAAUCAAAAUACAUAUUUGUGAUACCUCAUAACGUGCAGGAGGAACCGAAUAAUUUUGAGAAGAUCUACAAUAAAGUAGUACAGUUAAGGGAUCAGAUAAUAAAAGAAAAUAGACGUAAAGUGGUGUUUGCUGCGGCGGAGGGGAUAAAUAGGAGUGCUUGCAGGAGAAUACUGGAGUGCGUCUUUAGAAAGACGAGUGUAGAUCUGGAAUGUAGGGUACCGAACGGGGCGCAGAGAGUGAGGCAGGAUGGCGGCGGGGAAAGCCAGGGAAGCAGAAGUAGUGUCCUGACAAUAAAAAAAGAGGGGCAAACGUAUGCUGAACUAUUAAAAACGAUAAAAGAUAAGGUCAACAUUGAGAAAAUGGGAAUAAAUAUUAAGAAAAUAAGGGAAAGUGGCACGGAGAACAUACAACUUGUAUUAAAUGAGGGUAAGGAAAAAACCAUGCACCUGGCGAAGGAGAUAACAACACACUGCAAGGAUGUGAACGUAAUAACGAGGACUUUCGGAACGACACUAUAUGUGUUAGGAAUGGAACGCACCACAACAGCAGAAGAAGUGACUAAUGCCCUAACGAGAUCCCCUGUAAGGAAGUGCAAGGAACAAGGGACAGGGACAGAAGGAGCCGGGGCUAUAAAGGAAUGCGAAUUGUUUAAACGGGUGAGGUCGGCGUCUCUUACGAGCCUUAAAGGGCCAAAAAAAAGAUGUAGGGAGAUGGAUGAGGCACAGGAAUUCAAGGAUAAGUUUGAUAAGAUCAACGAAACAGUCAACAGGCUUGAGGCUAUAUUGUCACAGACACCUAAUACGAAAGCGGAAAUGAGGGAGGCAAUUAAGGUACUAGUAAUGCAGGUGAAAGGAUUGAAUGGCUCCAUUCCCGACUGGGAAGAAUUAAGAAACACUAAGGAAAGGAAGCUACCUGAAAAAACUACGAGAUCCAUUGGAGUGCAGGCAGAGCUAACGGAAAGAAUAGAGGAAAUCGAGGAGGAAAAGAAGGAAGUGAAUAAUAUGGUGAACAAAAUAUUUGAGGAGGAAGGCAACGAUAAAGAGAGGCUACUUAAUACGAUAGACGUAACUUGGGAUGAAAAAAGAUUUCGGAAAACGAAGGUUAAAAAGGUAGACCAAGACAACAUAAGCUUUAAGUCAGGAUCGACGAUAGCGAUCAUUAUAGACCCGGAAUAUAAGAAGCGAGACCAAACGGAUAUAGGGUAUAGCAAUAAAAUUCCUGGGUUGAAUAAACUUAUAGAAGAGGGCCUCACAAUGGGUGAAAUAGAGUACGUACAAACACAAUUGGAGGUAACUAGUAAAAAGGAAACCGAAGUUACAAAAAGUAGGACUAUUGCCUUACCCAUAAGCAUGGAUAAAUCGGGUUUUACGGAUGCAGGUGCAGUGUACGAUAUGGGUAUUAAAUUGAGCGAAGAACCGAUAAUAGAGGGCGUAGAAGAAAUAUCUUUAAUAGUGGCGGGAAAAAUGGAUAUGAAUUACGUAAGGAAGAUAGUUGAAUAUAUAUUUAGAUGGAAGAAGGUAGACAUAGAAAUAAUCAAAUAUGAAAAGGGUGCCGGGCGAAGGGGUAGCCUAGCCAGAAGACCCAGUAUAAAAUUACCUGCAAUAAUGGGGGGACGAGAGCAAAGAGGAGAAGGAACAGGAACUGAGAAGAUCAUUGUUAAAUCUGAAAAGGGUACUUACCUGGACGCGCUGAAAGCAAUCAAACAAAAAGUUGAUCCACGAGAACUAGGCGUUGAUAUUAAAGCUGUGCAGAAAACGGCUAAAGGGGAUCUACUGCUGGAAGUCCGAGGAGAUAGGGCGAUCGCGGACCGGUUUAAAGAAGCUAUAAAACAAAACGUUCAAAAUAAAGUCGAGAUGGUUAACCGAACUAAAACAAUACAUAUAUCGGAUAUUGACGGGGACGUUACAGGAGAACAGUCACCACCUGUUAUUAGGAAGACCGGACUGGAGGAGUUUAUCGCCACCGGCAGGACUACCAGAUCCUGCUCAGUGGGGGGCACCCCUUCAAAGAGGAAGCAAGAUGACCGCACCGUAGACCUGGAAGAAUUCAGAAGUUAUUUUAGUAGAAUAGUCGUUAACGCUGAACAGCUGAUAAGAUUAACAGUUGAACACCAUAAUUAUACCCAGGCGGAUAUUAGGGAUAAGAUAAAGGAGCUGAAGAAGCACACGGAUAGUGCCCAGAAGAAAUUGAGCAAUCUAAGCGAGGAUGUGGUUACUCAGGAGGAGAAAAAAAAGAGAAUGGAGCCAGCUACUAGAACAAUAGGCACACAGACCUAUUUAAGCGGAAACGAAGAUGAGGAAACUAGGGAAGCUAAGGAGAUAAGCGAACAACUAGAUAGGAUAGAGAGCUUUGAGGAAUUAGGGGGAAUAUUGGAAACACAAUGGCCAGAAAAGGUAUACAGGAACACUAAGGAGGUAGAAAUAAACACUGAUGCCUACAGGGCAAAUAACACACUGCUAGUAGUGGGAAGUGAUAAAGGAGCCGACGAGAUUAGCAUAAACGAAAUGGAAAGAACUUUCCCAGGGUUAACGGAAAUACUAGAUUCGAACGAGGGGACGCUAGAUAAAAUGAACAACACACAGAAAAUUAGCUCUAGAGCAGGAGAUAGAACCAUAGACAAGAAUAUUUUUAUACUGCCGAUGGAGACAACGGAGGCAGUGACAGAAUCAGAGUCGAAAAACGCUAUCACACAAAUGACGACCUUCAAAGAAAUUGGCAUAACGAGAUCCCCUGUAAGGAAGUGCAAGGAACAAGGGACAGGGACAGAAGGAGCCGGGGCUAUAAAGGAAUGCGAAUUGUUUAAACGGGUGAGGUCGGCGUCUCUUACGAGCCUUAAAGGGCCAAAAAAAAGAUGUAGGGAGAUGGAUGAGGCACAGGAAUUCAAGGAUAAGUUUGAUAAGAUCAACGAAACAGUCAACAGGCUUGAGGCUAUAUUGUCACAGACACCUAAUACGAAAGCGGAAAUGAGGGAGGCAAUUAAGGUACUAGUAAUGCAGGUGAAAGGAUUGAAUGGCUCCAUUCCCGACUGGGAAGAAUUAAGAAACACUAAGGAAAGGAAGCUACCUGAAAAAACUACGAGAUCCAUUGGAGUGCAGGCAGAGCUAAUGGAAAGAAUAGAGGAAAUCGAGGAGGAAAAGAAGGAAGUGAAUAAUAUGGUGAACAAAAUAUUUGAGGAGGAAGGCAACGAUAAAGAGAGGCUACUUAAUACGAUAGACGUAACUUGGGAUGAAAAAAGAUUUCGGAAAACGAAGGUUAAAAAGGUAGACCAAGACAACAUAAGCUUUAAGUCAGGAUCGACGAUAGCGAUCAUUAUAGACCCGGAAUAUAAGAAGCGAGACCAAACGGAUAUAGGGUAUAGUAAUAAAAUUCCUGGGUUGAAUAAACUUAUAGAAGAGGGCCUCACAAUGGGUGAAAUAGAGUACGUACAAACACAAUUGGAGGUAACUAGUAAAAAGGAAACCGAAGUUACAAAAAGUAGGACUAUUGCCUUACCCAUAAGCAUGGAUAAAUCGGGUUUUACGGAUGCAGGUGCAGUGUACGAUAUGGGUAUUAAAUUGAGCGAAGAACCGAUAAUAGAGGGCGUAGAAGAAAUAUCUUUAAUAGUGGCGGGAAAAAUGGAUAUGAAUUACGUAAGGAAGAUAGUUGAAUAUAUAUUUAGAUGGAAGAAGGUAGACAUAGAAAUAAUCAAAUAUGAAAAGGGUGCCGGGCGAAGGGGUAGCCUAGCCAGAAGACCCAGUAUAAAAUUACCUGCAAUAAUGGGGGGACGAGAGCAAAGAGGAGAAGGAACAGGAACUGAGAAGAUCAUUGUUAAAUCUGAAAAGGGUACUUACCUGGACGCGCUGAAAGCAAUCAAACAAAAAGUUGAUCCACGAGAACUAGGCGUUGAUAUUAAAGCUGUGCAGAAAACGGCUAAAGGGGAUCUACUGCUGGAAGUCCGAGGAGAUAGGGCGAUCGCGGACCGGUUUAAAGAAGCUAUAAAACAAAACGUUCAAAAUAAAGUCGAGAUGGUUAACCGAACUAAAACAAUACAUAUAUCGGAUAUUGACGGGGACGUUACAGGAGAACAGUUAGAAUCGGCAAUUAGACAGAUAGACGAAGACAUACAAGAGCAUAAGGACAUGGAAUGCGAAAGACAAGGCGAAGAAAAAUCAGAUAUAGAUCAGGGAAAGAAUGAACAACCUGUAAACAAAUCUGUGAUAUAA